CCCUUUUCAAUCCCCAUCUCAUCUCGUUUAAUAACACGGCUGCUAGCCCUUUAGAGUUCACUUCAGCCGCGUCUCCUCCUUCCGUCGUCACUCUCCCUCUCUCUCGUUCGCUCGUUCGCUCUUCGACCGCCUUGUCUGCCGGACUGGCCUGUCUGCGAUUAAUACCUACAUACCUACAUACUUUGUUGUUGUUGUUGUCGUCGCUCUGCUGGCCUGCAGAAUUCGCACCUCCGUCCGCUCGCUACCGCCGCCUGCGCGCGACUACACUACUACUCAACUGUACUGUACUGUACCUUGCUGCACUGUACCUUACUUGCCGUGUACCAGUCCACCUUCCCCAUCUACCUACUUCUCCUACAUACCUACCUACCUACCGACCCUACCCACCGACUCGACUCCCUCCCUCCCUCUCCCUCACCCCCAUCUACUACAACACACCGUAUCCAUCCACCCACCGUCCACCCACGCACGCGCAUCCACAUACACACCUGGGCACACACACGCACCUGCAUGUGACUGAUCAGCGACCCACUCCCGCCCGACCAUGUCUUCUGCCGCCGUGCAACAGAGCGGGCCCGCCAUCGCCAACAGAUCCUACCAGCAGCCCGCGCAGUACUCAACCACCACCACCACAACAACCACAACACAACAAUAUCCUCACCACCCCCACCAACAGCAGUCGUCUGCAGGCGCUUCCAGUGCUGCCGCCGCGAGAAAACCCUCGCGGAAGUCGAGCAAUGGCGCGUCUCCCAACACGCCAACCACCCCCCAAUCAGCUCGCCCAUCUUCCGACGUGUCUAGCUCCAACAACAACUUGACCGCUAAUCGACAACAUCCCCCCACCACAUCGCAAUACUCACCCUCCGCCAUGCCCUCCGCCGCCAGCGCUCCAAUGCCUCCUCCGCGCUCUUCUUCUCACCGCUCCGCACAAAGCCCAACCACCCCGCGCCAGGAUCCCUCGCGCAGGAAAGAUAAGGAAAGUCCCCGUCAUCAUGGAGCUUCCUCUAGAUCAAAACCGUCCCCCUCACAACCUUCACACAGCCGCUCCGCAUCCGCAGUCGGUCAGCCUCCCACCGGCACCACCCUUCCCCGCGAGGAGAGCACCGUCAUUAACAGGAUAGUAGUCGCAGACCCACAGGAGGACGUUGCCCGCGAGCGCGCCCGCCAGGCUGAAGCUGUGCCUGCAGCUUCCGGCGCCGACAUCACCCCCAUCACCGGUCUGGGUCUCGUUGGCAGCGAAGGCGUCGAUGAUGGUGGUCGCGGCGCGGGACGCAGUCGUCAAGACCAUUCUCAAGGUGCAUCUAAGCGCUCAAAGUUUGGCAACUACAUUCUGGGGCAAACAUUGGGCGAGGGCGAGUUUGGCAAGGUCAAGAUGGGCUGGAAAAAGGAUAGCAGCGUCGAGGUUGCCAUCAAGCUGAUAAGAAGAGAAACGCUCGGAGGGAACCAGAACCGCCUGCAAAAGAUCUACCGUGAGAUCCAGAUCCUCCGAGGACUCGAGCAUCCCAACAUUGUCAGACUGCACGAGAUGGUGGAGACGGAGCGCCACAUCGGCAUCAUUUUGGAGUACGCGUCAGGAGGCGAGCUCUUCGAUUUCAUCCUCAACCACCGCUACCUCAAGGACGGCGCUGCACGUAGAUUGUUCGCCCAGUUGAUUUCCGGGGUUGGGUACCUGCACAAAAAGGGCAUUGUACAUCGCGACCUCAAACUGGAGAACCUGCUGUUGGAUCGGAAUCGGAACAUCAUUAUUACGGAUUUCGGAUUCGCCAACACAUUCGACGCCAACGAUGAAGUCGGCGAAGAGAUCGAGUUCAACUUGGGCAACAAGGAGUUUAUCAAGUCAUUGGGACUCGAGGGAGGCGAUGGUCCCCGCCGCGGGGAUCUCAUGCAAACCAGCUGUGGUAGCCCUUGCUACGCCGCCCCUGAAUUGGUCGUCAGCGAUUCAUUAUAUACUGGUCGCAAGGUGGACGUAUGGAGUUGCGGAGUCAUUCUGUACGCUAUGCUUGCGGGCUACCUACCUUUCGACGAUGACCCAGCGAAUCCGGACGGUGAUAACAUCAACCUUCUGUACAAGUACAUCGUCUCCACGCCUCUCACGUUCCCCGAAUACGUUACGCCGCAUGCCCGCGAUUUGCUCAAACGUAUCCUCGUACCGGAUCCCAGAAAACGCGCAGACCUGUUUGAGGUUGCCCGGCAUAGCUGGCUGAGCGACUAUGCACAUGUCGUCAGCUUCAUAACGUCCAGCGCAACCAACUCGAACGAUAUCCAAAAAGCCACCGGUCUCAAUCACGAUGCAUUCGAUACAGCGCCUACUCUCGCAAGAAGUGCCUCGGUUCGCGAGCCAGGCAAGGCAUCGCAUACGACCGUCUCUCCCGUGGGCGGGCUCACAGCCAAGCGGGAGCAAAUCAACCAACAACCGUCAGAAAAAGCCAAGAAAGACCGGGACACCAAGCGCAGAACUGUGCAGGUCGAAUAUGUGGCACCUCAGUCGCAGACCACUCGCGGCGAAGCAUCCCCGCCGAGCGCCCCUAUGCCAUCAUCCAAGACUCGUGUCAAGGAGUCGGGACCCACCGAAGUGCCGUCAACAGACGGGUACAACGCGAGACCAAGCCGUUCGGCGGCAGGCCCAGCUACCGCAGCCUCUCCACAGUCGAGGCGGGAACCUCAACGAUCUGUAUCCGACUAUACAGCCUUUGGCAACGUGCCUCCUACUUCUGCUGCGCGACCAUCCACAGGUGGCACACUCGGCGCCAACUCAAGAUUACCGUCGAGAGGCAACUCUUACAGUCAGCCAUCCACCGCAGCCGUCGCACAGACGAACGUCGAAGGUCGUUUCUCUCAGCCCAAAGGCAAGCAAUAUCACAUUUCCACGCCCGCAGCCCAACCCGAACCUGUCAUGGGUCAACCAAGCAUCAGUCAGCCACCCGCGCAACGGGUACAAUCGAUCCAGGCGGAGCACAAGGGCCACAAACGCUCGAAUACGAGUACAGAGUCGAGCCGACGAACGUCGUUUGGCUUUUCUCGCAAGAAUGCGACAGAGUCAAGCAGCGGAGGGAAACCGUCCAGGCGAUUUUCCUUGUUGCCCUCUUCAUUGUCCAAGACAUUUUCUUCAAACCACAGGGAAAGCAUGCCUGCGUCGUCGCAAUCAGAUCGCCGGGGUUCCAUGGCCGGUUCAUCGCGGCCACGAGCUAGCUCCCGCCCUGGCAUGGGUUUCGGACGUGGAGCAGACUCUAGGUCUCCUAGUCAGAGCACCACCGGAAGCAACGUUCCCGCCUUCUACGACGGACCGCAUGAAGGCAACACCCGCGGGAGGGGGGGCCCAUCGUCCGCACCCGCCAACCAAACCCACUUCAACCAGCCACCCAUUGGGGACGACAAAUUCCCCAACCCGAGGGAUCCGCACCCAGCCUCGAAUGCUCGGCCGUACCAUUUCUCGAAUGAGUCGGAAUCGAGCGAACCUAAUGCUCAGGUGCAAAAUCAAACACAUGCGCCUCAAUAUCCACCCGGUAUGGGUAGUGAUGGCACCGUUCCAGAGACUUCCCGCAAGGGCGUGCUCCAGAAAAGUAGGAAGUUUGUGGAUGCGUACGAAGAGUCUGGCGGCAACAAAGGCAGCAGUGGAAGCUCCAAGAGAGUCAUGGAUUUCUUCCGGAGAAUGGGCAGGCAGCGAGGUAAAGAAGACCGAUGA